GUAAGCUGAUUUUUAGCAAACUACUAAUUUUAAUUUUUAACUAGUAGUAUUUGAUAUUGCAUUUAUUUUUAAAUCGAGAAAUUAGGGGUUUGCUAAUCAUGAAGGUGUUGAAAGUGAAGAAGCUUCAAGAGAGUUCCAGCAAGAUGAGAUGUUAUCAGGUUGGAUUCCAUUCUUUCCUUAACCCACUUCUUUGCUCCUUCUUUGAUUCCAUCUCUCCAAUUUCAAACCAAUUCCUUAUUAGGGCUUCCUCUUUACCAAUAAUAAAUUCAGUUUCCGUUGUUCAACAGGUAUGUUCCUUUUCGAUUUCCUCCUAUUUAUACGCCUCUACAUUUCUCUUUCACCGUAGAUGUUUUGAUCUUAUGAAAGUGUGCUGAAGUUAUCUGUUUUUUUCUUUGUCGUAAAAAAUCCGAAUUACCAAUUCUCUCAUAGAUUUAAUAUUAAACAAAUUUGACGACUUACGUUGUGAGCCAUAAGAUUUUCGGAUUAAACAGUUGAUCGCCUGCGGAACCUACCACCACUAAUUUGUCUUGGUUUGAAUAUAUGCCAUGGAUUAGAAUCGAAGCAUCAACAUCCACCAUCGCUGCUUCUACUUUAUGCUGUUUUAUUCUGAUUCUGCUGCGAUUCAGGUUGAAACUGGAGUCAUGACACCAUGAUUGGUCGUUCCACCAUUAAAACCUGUGUGAAACCCUUCGUCCAUCCAAGUGGGCCCAUCAACAGUGUGAUGCCUCAAUCUGCAUCAAGUUCAUGCUGUUUUCAUCUCUCACUCGGAUGUGUGAAACCAAAUCAUGUUGUGAAGACAAACUCCCGCAACUCACUUACUGCAAACCCUAGGAGCAACAACAACAACUGGCAGUUGUUAAGCAUCAAAACUGCUAUGCGAUCCAGAAGCGGGACACAAAAGACACGCUUUGAUCUUUCACUUGGGUCCCGCAGUAUGAACUUUAGGCUUUUAUUUCCAAAACAAGGAAUCAUAUCUAGAAUGAAGUGGAGUUUGGUACCUGGAUCUUGGACACAAGGAUGUGCAUCAGCUGGGGUUGCAAUGGGAUUAGCUGUUUGCAGUUCAAGCUCUGACCCAUCAUAUGCUGAAGCAGAAGAGAAGAAGGAAGAAGACGACUGUAGUUCAUCAAAUACUAACUUUUCACAUGGAAAGCAAGUUCAUACUGAUUAUUCUGUUAUAGGAAUACCGGGAGAUGGGAGAUGUUUGUUUCGGGCUGUUGCUCAUGGAGCUUGUAUACGAUCAGGGAAGCCUGCUCCUAGUGAGAGAAUGCAAAGAGAGUUGGCUGAUGAAUUACGUGCCAGGGUGGCAGAUGAAUUUGUUAAAAGACGGGAAGAAACUGAAUGGUUUAUUGAAGGUGACUUUGAUUCAUAUGUGUCACAAAUGAGGAAGACACAUGUAUGGGGAGGCGAACCUGAAUUACUCAUGGCUUCUCAUGUUCUCAAGAUGCCAAUUUGGGUGUAUAUGAGUGAUGCGGAUUCAGGUGGUCUGAUAUGUAUUGCAGAAUAUGGUGAUGAAUACAAGAGUAAGAAUAAUAGUAGUAGUAGUAAUAAGAAAGAUGAUCCGAAUCCAAUCAGAGUGUUGUACCAUGGUUUUGGUCAUUAUGAUGCUUUGCAUAUCCCCACUCCUCCUCCUAAAAAGGAUUCCCGAUCCAGACUGUAAAAUUAUUAUUCCGACUUAAUGUUGUUACACAAGUCUAACUGUAACAUCAAUAUCCAUAAAAAGAAAUAGGUUUAAUAUUUACUGAUUAUUUGUUUAUUUAUUUAUUAAAGAAAGAGUGAUGAGGAACUGUUGAUCUUUUUUCUUUAGACAUAUCAUGAAGCAAUAAUUUGAGUAUGUAUUGCGUUCUCC